GGAGUGUGGAAAGACCUUUACUCGUAGCAGUAGUCUUAAUACCCACAAGAGGAUCCACACAGGAGAGAAGCCUUAUCAAUGCACGGAGUGUGGAAAGGCUUUUAGGACAAUAGUAAUCUUACCUCCCAUAAGAAGAUCCACACAGGAGAGAAACCGUAUCAAUGCAUGGAUGGACCUUUAAUUGUGGAAAGAUCUUUAAUUGUACCAGUGAUCUUAAUUCCCACAAGUGGAUUCACAUAGAAGAAAAGCCAUAUCAAUGUGUGGAAUGUGGAAAGAGCUUUAAGUGUAAUUCUGCUCUUACAUCCCACAAAGGGAGCCAUACAGGAGAAAAACCAUAUAAAUGUAAGGAGUGUGGAAAGAGUUUUACUCAUUGCAGUCAUCUUAAUUCGCACAAGAGGAUCCAUACAGGAAAGAAGCCAUAUCAAUGCAUGGAGUGUGGAAAGACCUUCUGUGAUAAUCAAUCUCUUAUAAGACAUGAAAGGAGUCACAGACCUUAUAAAUGCAUGGAAUAUGGAAAGACCUUUACUUGUAGCAGUAGUCUUAAUACCCACAAGAAGACCCACACAGGAGGGAACUCAUAUCAAUUCAUGGAAUGUCGAAAGACCUUUACUCGUAGCACUACUCUUAAUUCCCACAAAAGGACCCACACAGGACAGAACUCAUCAAUGCAUGGAAUGUGUUAAAACUUUACUCGUAGGACUACUCUUAAUUCCCACAAGAGGAUCCACACAGGAGAGAAACCAUAUCAAUGUAAGGAGUGUAGAAAGACCUUUACUAGUAGCAGUCGUCUUAACUCCCACAAAAGGAUCCACACAGGAGAGAAACCAUAUCAAUGCAUGGAGUGUGGAAGGAGCUUUAGUAGUAAAUAUGCUCUGAUUCACCAUAAAAGCAUCCAUACAGAGGAGAAGGCAUAUCAAUGCAUGGAGUGCAGCAAAACUUUCUGUUAUUAUGAAUCUCUUAUAAAGCAUAUUACUGUAAGGAGUGUGGAAAGACCUUCUGUUAUAUUCAUUCUCUUAUAAGACAUCAAAGGAGUCACAAAGGAGAAAGACCUUAUAAAUGCAUGGAGUGUGGAAAGAGUUUUACUCAUAGCAGUCAUCUAAAUUCGCACAAGAGAUCCACACAGGAGAGAAACCAUAUCAAUGCAUGGAGUGUGGAAAGACAUUUACUCGUAGCAGUAGUCUUAAUUCCCAUAUAAGGAUCCAUGUAGGAGGAAAAACCAUAUAAAUGUGUGCAAUGUG